UACACUGACUGUCCCCAUGUAAAGGGCAAACCCCACAAAGCAUAUUCUCCUUUUCCUACACUUUAAUUCAGUUUUUUUUCUUUCUCUCUUCUUCUUCUACUCCAUCAUCCAUGUCCUCUAUUCUCUGCUCACAAGGAGUGGUUCUGGCCACAGCCAUGGCUGUUUCCGGCACCGUAAUUCUCCUCGCUCUCCGCCUUCAAAAAUCUCUCCCCGCUUCUCUUUUAGACCAAAUUCCUCAAUCUUCACAUCAAGUUGUUCUACGCUCUUGUAUCUCCUCUGAGGGGAAGAAAAAGAAGAAGAAAAGAGUGCACUUUGCAGAGGAUGUGGUGGAUCCAAGAACGGAUAGUAAGGAGUUCAGAAAGCAACGUGGUGGCAUUAUUCCUGGCAAGAACUCUUCUGCUCCAUCGAAAUUGAAAAAAAUCGGUGGUGGACCUGGUGGUGGAGCCGCUGGCGGUGACGGUGGUGCUGGCAGUGCUAAAAGUAGAGGAAUGCCUGCAAAUAGAGUGGCUCUUUAUAAUGGGAUUCUCAGAGAUCGCGUGAUAAACCGAUUGGCUUAUUCUUGUUAAUUUUUUUUUUCUUGUGUGUGUAUAAUAUUUUGUUUUGUUAAUUGAUUUUUAGUGCAUAGUGUACAUAAAUAUAUUUUUUUUUCCUAAUUUUUCUAGGUGGUUAUUACAAGUUGGGAGGAGAGAGGGGUCCAUAGUUCUGUAAUUGGCAUGGUUUUCCUCAUUAGCUACUAAUUGGAAUUGGAUAUAUAUGGCAGUGGAGAGGAGUUUGUUUUGUAAUUUUUAGGUUAAUUAACAAAAUUAGUUGAAUUUUUGUUCAUAAUUUUGAAAAAUAUAAAGAAUUCUGGCUUUUCUUGCUGCU